AUGGAGUAUGUUAUUGUCAUGUGAAAUGAACAACAAUAUUUAUUUUCUUAUUUAUUAUUACAUUAUUGUCUGUGAUUUUAUAAAUUAAUUUAAUCAUGUCGAAAAAAAAUCGCCAAGGGCAUCGUGCCCAUCGGCAGCGUUCAGUUGAUUUUGAUUACGAGGACUUCAGUGUUCAAGAAAAACGUAAUCAAGAAGAUUCUAAUAAUCAUUCGAGCCAAAAAAAUUUUCAACGAAAAAGCCAAGGACGUCCUCCAGGAUUGAAAGGAAAAGCUAUAGGACUUUAUUAUCGAGACUUGAGUAGAAAAAAAAAGGAAGAACGAGGUGAAAAUCAGUCAUCAUCACGUUCAAGUGGACAAGAUCGUCGCUUUUUUUCUUUGCCUGAUUCUACCGAUCAAACUAUUCGCCGGUUACUCAUGGAGGCUCUUGAAGCUACAAAAUCAAGCAGUGAUGGUGAUAAUUUAUCAAUGCAAAAUCGUCAGUUCAGAAAAAAAUUCUUCGAAAUAGUUUCUGGAAAUAUUCAAGAUAGUUUAGAAUGGGCUAUGCGUAUGAAUUCUGUUUUAGUUAAUAAUGAUACUUUAAAUAACCGAUUAAAAAAAGAGUUAGAAGCCAAGAAAGAAGAACGAGCAUAUCAGCAAAUGAUGACAUUCCGUUAUAAAUUACCAGCAUAUAAACAGCGAAAUGAAAUAAUAAAAUUAAUGGAAAAGCAUCAAGUAAUUUUGAUAAGUGGAGAGACUGGAUGUGGUAAAACUACUCAAGUAUGCCAAUACAUCUUAGAUGAUGCAAUUGAAAAAGGAAUAGGGAGCACUGUAAAAAUAGUUUGUACUCAACCUCGAAGGAUUUCAGCUACCUCUGUAGCUGAAAGAGUUGCAGCAGAGCGUAUAGAAAAUCUUGGAGAUUCUGUUGGCUAUCAAAUAAGACUUGAAAAAGCUCUUUGUAGAGAUUAUGGAAGUAUUUUAUUCUGCACUACUGGUGUGUUACUUCGAUUUAUGCAAAGUGAUCCGGCAUUAAGGGAUUACUCUCAUAUCAUUUUAGAUGAAAUUCAUGAAAGAAAUAGUGAAACUGAUUUUAUUAUGACUAUAUUGAAACAAGUCAUUCAUAAACGAUCUGAUUUAAAAGUUAUUCUUAUGAGUGCAACGUUAAACGAAAAAAGAUUUUCAGAAUAUUAUGGGGAUUGUCCUUUGAUUCAUAUACCAGGUUUUACUUAUGAGGUAACUGAGUAUUAUCUAGAAGAUAUAUUAAAAUUAACAAAAUUCAGAUUUGACACCGCAAAAAAAGUUUUGCCCACUGACCUAACAACAUCUCAUGCCAAAGUUAUUUUACCAUCUUUAGACAAAUUAAUAAGAGAAGGAAAUUACCCGACUUAUGUAGUUCACGAACUUCGUAAUCCAAUGGUUGAGUUGAUAAACUUGGAAUUAAUUCGAAAUUUAAUAGAGUAUAUUUGUAACAAUAAAGGACCAGGUGCUAUUUUAGUAUUUUUACCUGGUUUGCGAGAUAUUACUCAGUUAUGCGAAUUGCUAGAAGAAUCUGGUCAUUUUCCUUCGAAUAAAUUUGAUGUUUAUCCUCUUCAUUCCCAACUACCAACAGCCGAUCAAAAGAUGAUAUUUAAUCCUCCUCCUGUCGGAGUUCGUAAGAUAAUUAUUGCUACUUCAAUCGCAGAAACAUCCAUUACUAUCGAAGACGUUGUGUAUGUAAUUGAUUGUGGACAGAUGAAAUUAUCAAGAUUUGAUAUCGGUCUAAGUUUAGAAAUGCUGAAGCCUGAAUGGGAAACAUUAGCAAAUGCAAAACAACGUCGUGGACGAGCCGGAAGAGUACAACCAGGAGAAUGUUAUCGUUUAUAUACAAGGGCACGAGAAGCAACGUUUGAUGAAUAUCAAACUCCAGAAAUGAUACGAACACCUUUAGAACGAGUUGUAUUACAAAUCAAAUUAUUACAAUUAGGUCGAGCAGACGUUUUUCUUGCGAAUGUCUUGGAUCCUCCAGAAGAGAAAGCUAUUAAGCUAGCUAUAGAUUUAUUGAUCGAUACAAAUGCUCUUGAUGAGGAUGAAAAUUUAACGCCGUUAGGGUAUCAUUUGGCACAGUUGCCAGUAGAUGUAAAAACUGGUAAAAUGAUUCUAUGGGCUUCGAUAUUUUCUUGUGUUGAGCCAGUAUUUGCUAUCGCAGCAUGCCUGUCUUAUAAAGACCCUUUCUAUUGUCCUAGAAGUCAAAAGGAAGAAGCAAAUAAAAUGAAAAAAAUACUUGGCUUGGAUCAAUAUAGUGAUCAUAUAACUUUUGCUGAAGCUCUCAGACUAUUUGAAAAAGCUAGAAGAAAGUCACGGAAAAAUGCUCGACUAUUUUGUUCAAAAUAUUUUUUAUCGUUUAACACUCUUGAAUUAUUAUUAAAAAUGAAAAAAGAAUUCGCCAUGUAUAUGUAUGAUAUGCAAUUUUUGAAGAGUGCUAAUCCACGUGAUAAAGAGAGUAACAUAAAUUCACGUAAUUUAUCAUUGAUAAAAGCCAUUAUCUGUGCUGCAUUGUGUCCAAAUGUUGCCAUCGUCCAAAAGCAGGCUCGUUUUCCAAUACUUGCAACACCUGAAGAUGGAACUGUAAAAAUUCAUCCCAAAAGUAUAAAUAUGGAAGCUAAAGCAUUACCAACUCCUUAUGUAACUUUUUUUGAAAAAAAAAAGUCUACGGCUAUUUAUUUGCAUGAUACGACGUGUGUUACUGAUGCUGCAUUAAUAUUUGCGUUUUCUAAUGGCCAAUUAAAAAAACUGGAAAAAAGAUCUUUAUUAACUCUUCGUCAAGGAUUCGAAUUUUUAUGUAAACAAAGCGUUGGAGAAACAGUAAAGCGUUUACAAGAAAAUUUCAACGAACUUUUAGCAGAAAAAUUUUUAAAUCCAAAUUCAAUCAAUUGGAAUUCAUCUGAAGGUUUCGUGUUAUUAGCUAUUAUUGAAUUUUUGUCUGUGGCAGACACUAAUGUAGGCAUCACAUCAAAACGAUUAGAACUUGAGUCAAUUAGUGAAGAUGACGACGAUGAUGAUAAAGAUGAUGAUGAUGAUGAUGAUAAUACAAGUGGAUCACUUGUAAUAGUCUAAAUUAUUUAAAUAUGUACUUAUAAGUUUAUAUAUAUUUUCGCUUAAUUUUUAACAAGAUAAUGCAGGUCAAGUAAUAAAUUGGAGUAUUUAAUUUUGACUGAAUUUACAGUGUAAUCAAGUAAGUAGAAUAAUUUUUUGU